AUGGUGGUAAUGCAAAAAAAGACGACAAAACGAGUGAAAAGUCGUCUUCUCAAGGACACGAAGGGAAUAACCGAAGGAUUUGAUGGAGAGGUGGUUAGAAAAAAGAAGAAAGAGAGAAGGCAUCAGCGUAAACAAGAAAAGGUCGUCGAUGUCAUAACGGGUAAGAGGAAGCAGAAAGGUGUUUUAGAUGAGGAUGCUUUCAAAUCGACACCACAGCACGACGACUGUGACAUGGAACCAAGUGUAGGUGAGAAUGUUGAAAAGAUAAAAAAUAAACGAAAGUAUAGAACAAAUUCCAACAAUGAAAUAGCAGAAGGAUGUGAUGGCAGUAGAAUGAAAAAGAAGGAGAAAAGGCAUAAGCAUAAAUUUAUGGAGUUUGGAAGUGAUGUCACAACAAAGAAGCAGAAGCGGGAAUACAAUGAUGCUUUCAAAUCAACAUCAGAGGAUGACAAUUGUGAUAUGGAACGAAGUGGAGUAGAGCAUGUUGAAAUGAAACAAAAGAUUCGAGAUUAUCGAAAAAAUUACAACAAUAAAAUUUCGGAAGGAUAUGAUGGCAUUAGAAUGAAGAAAAAGAAAAGAACAAGGCAUAAGCAUAAACUUGUGGAGGUCACAACAAAGAAACAGAAGAAAAAAUGCAAAGAUGCUUUGGAUGAGGAUGCACUCAAAUUGGCACCAGAUGAUGAUUGUCACAUUAGACUAAGGGGAGGUAAAAAUGUUGCAAUGAAAAAAGAGAGACAAAAGAAUAAGGGAAAGAAUGAGCAAGAAAUAGAACUUAGCAAUCAUGAGUACAAGAUUAAGAAAAAAAAUGGUAAAAAUCAGUACAAGUGUGAUGAGGAGUCAAUGGUGAAAAACAGUAAAAGAGGGCACUGUUACCUGAAAAAAAAGAAGACCAACAUUUAG